AAUAAACGAGUUCCCGAUCCGAGCCCUCGAUCGUUCCAUCCGCGCCUACUUACUCGGCAUGCGAUCCGAUCUGUGGGUCAAGUUUAACAUUCCGCCGUGCUACUCCAUAAACAUACGGCUCAAGGCAGCGUCUACUUGCCGCCUACGCAUCGUGAAACAACAAACACACCGUCACUGAAAUGUCGUGGCGUGCUUGUUUAAACGCAGAAUUCUCUCUCUCACACACACACAUACACGUCAUUGAGAGAUCGUUGAUGAUUCGAUUUGAUGCUCUUUUUGGAGAACGAGAAUCAUUUAAUCUCGAGAAGAGAAAGCGAAGCGCUUAGAGAAUCGAUCGAGGUGCGAAUAGUUCGACGUGAGAAAAUACAUAGCGUGCCGUGUUCAAAUGCUCGUUGUUUGUUAUUAAAUAGACGAAUAAAAAAAUAGCGAGAUAAUUUAUCGAUGCUCGUACGACGUAGAAAGGGAGCCAAAUACUUGAUGGCUUAACGGACCGGUGAUUCAGAACCGGAAACAGAACUGUAUAAUUAACCUUUUUGGCAAGGAACUCGGUUGAAUCUUUCGUUAGAUCGGUGCAUAUCUAUUAUCAAGGCUGAAUAUCUCCUACGUGUACGCAUCGAUUUACAUUUUUAAAUUGCUUAACGCGCGCUUAAAAUCAAUUGCGGCGAAACCAGGUAGGAAUCAGUCGCGCGUGAACCGCGCACACGAACGUUUAUCAUCCUCUCGACCGAGCCGAACGCAAAACUCCAUUCCGCGAGAAAUGAGCGAGUAUUCCUCGUAUUUUUACGAAAGGAGGUGUUACAUAUGCGAACGAAGUGCUUCCUAUCCGAAGAAUCGCUAUGUCCCCAAAAAAUCCACGCAUAGAGUGAGAUUCACCGAGCCGAGCAAAAUGUUGAAAUCAGCCUCACCGCAAUAUCCCAACAGAGGAUCCGAUGCCCGAGUCAUCCGUUUGACCACGGAUCAAGAAGCUGUUCUCCAGGAACAGUUCAAUAGAUGGCCGAGGGCACCUCAUACAGCGGAUAUCGUCCUAUUGGCGGCCGAGACGGGACUUUCUGAAGCCGAUGUCGAGGCCUGGUACUCUAUCCGAUUAGCACAGUGGAGGAAGGAACAGGGUCUGGGAGGAAAUCUUGGUUUGCAUUAACGUUGACCCUUUUCUCGAAUGUUAUCGUAACUGUGUACCUGAAAAUGUAAUACGUGUAAGGAUUGCCCGUGAACCUGAUAACGAUCAAUUUCUUUAUCGAUCUCUCGUUGCUUCUAGUUUAGCGAUUAUACUCGUGUAUUUUAUUAAUUAAAGUAUACGCGAUUUAUUUAUAUUGUCAAUGUGUAGAUGUUGUUAGAAUGAUUAAAAGCGAUGGUACCAAAAAUUGACUUUAAGAAGUAAUUGCGGGUAGAAAAAGAUAUAAUAAGGAAAUUAAUUGUAGUUGUUUUCUGACGAUUUUAUCAUUAUUUAUUUUCAUUCUAAAGUAGAAGAAUAUUAAAGCGCUCGAGUAAAAAUCUUUUUCCAAGUGUGUCUCGAUAUUUUUGUUUAAUGCGUAAGUAUGUCGCGAAAAGAAGACAUUACCAGUGAGUAUUAAUCAUAGUGUACGUAAGAUCUGAUCGCAGAUCGAAAAAUGAAAUAUGUUAGUUGUAACAUGUCAGGUACCACAGAUAUAUUUUAAUGCUUUUAAAUAGUUGUACUAAAUAAUUAUACGAAACAUAUAUUUUAAAAUAAAAAUGUUUGUAUAACUUACUUAAAUAAAUAUUACGCAAGGAA